UCCACGCAGCAGACACUGCAAAGCGCAGGCUGUCACCUCCCCUCCGCUGAGCUGUCAUUUGACAGCGGCACACAUGAACCUCAUAGCUACAGGCGGAGUUGGCCAACCGUUGAUUUAACGUCUGAAUAUCUCCUCCUCGGCAUUUUAAUUCAAAUGGGGCAAGAACAUGACGGGGUACACCUCAGUUAACUCUGCGGACUGAUCACAAACGCAUAGGAGGAGAGCUGAAGCCGCUUGCUAGUUGUAAGCUGAUAGCUAAUGUCAAUAGUUAGCUUGCAGGCUAAUUGUAGCUAGCUGGUAAACUGAGUCUGGUUCUGCUUUGUGCCUUCAGUUGGCUAACCUUACAUAGCAGGCUCGCUAGCGAAGGUCGGCGGGACUAACAUUAGCUGGUAGUCAAGAGCGUUUAUUUAGCAACUCGGCAUCAUUAACGUGUCGUUUUAAGAUUUUUUUUUAAGGCUGUAUGAUCAUUUGUUUUCUUUUGACACAGCGCUUCACAUUUUCCCGUUUUAUACGUUUAUUAAUUUUACGAAAUUAAUCGAUGAUGUUUGGUAGCUAGCAAGCUACUCGGCUAUGCUAACACCAGCACACUAAGACCUCACAUCUCAGGGGUGCGGAGAGCUCCAGGCGAGUCAAGGAAGGAAGAGACGUGACUUAUGAUGUGGGCUGAGCAAAGCGGCGGACUGCUAGGCGAAGGAGAGCAGCAGUAUUAAAAGUAUUAAAUUAAUUAGUAAUAACGUAUUUUUCUAACAUCAGUCCUUGUCAAGGUAGGGCCAUAGCGUCAGUCAAGCUGUUUUGGACGUUGAAUGAAGACAAGAAUUGGGGCACUUUGUUUUGCGAGCUGGCUAAAUGAAUAGUAUUGGUUUUACUGAAUCGUGAGCCGGUGGCCACUGUGCCAGCUUCAAGGGAAGACACUGUUGAUAUAAUCGCACAGACUACUUAAACCAGCUAGUUUGCUUUAAGAUGGCUUCGGCGAGCAGCAUUGCCGCAUCCAUUGCGAGCAAAACGAAGACCAAGAAAAAGCACUUCGUUGCUCAGAAAGUGAAGCUCUUCCGUGCCAGCGACCCCCUGCUCAGCGUGCUUAUGUGGGGAGUCAACCAUUCGAUAAAUGAGUUAAGCCACGUUCAGAUUCCCAUCAUGCUCAUGCCAGAUGACUUCAAGGCCUAUUCUAAGAUCAAAGUGGACAACCACCUCUUCAACAAGGAGAACAUGCCCAGUCAUUUCAAGUUCAAGGAGUACUGCCCUCUGGUGUUUCGAAACCUCAGAGAGAGGUUUUGCAUCGAUGAUCAGGACUUCUUGAACUCUCUCACACGUAGUGCUCCCUUGAAUAGUGAGGCCCAGGGACGGAGUGGGGCGCGGUUCCACACCUCUUAUGACAAACGCUAUGUCAUCAAGACCAUCAGCAGUGAGGAUGUGGCUGAGAUGCAUAACAUUCUAAAGAAAUACCAUCAGUUCAUUGUGGAGUGCCAUGGCAACACGCUUCUGCCACAGUUUCUAGGGAUGUACCGGCUCACAGUGGACGGAGAUGAGACCUACAUGAUUGUUACACGCAAUGUCUUCUCCCACCACCUUUCUGUCUACAAAAAAUAUGAUCUCAAGGGUUCCACUGUGGCAAGAGAGGCCAGUGACAAGGAGAAGCAGCCGCCCCCACCAGAGGAUGUGCCCCCGCGGCCCAAAUCUGGUAACGUUCAGCAAAGGCUGCAAACACUGCGGAUUGCCACGCGCUUUUACUGCGCCAUGAAACACGUAAGAGAUGCCAAGGAGCUGCCCACCUACAAGGACAAUGACUUCAUCAAUGAUGGGCAGAAGAUCUACAUUGACGAGGAGAACAAGAAAAUGUUCCUGGAGAAGCUUAGGAAGGAUGUUGAGUUCCUGGCCCAUCUGAAGCUGAUGGAUUACAGUCUGCUGGUGGGGAUCCACGACGUGGAGCGAUCCGAGCAGGAGGAGGUGGAGAGUGAGGACAAUGAGGCUGAGGACGAGGGGGAGAGUGACGGAGGGGGCAUUGGGACACCCCCUGACAGCCCGAGUAAUACUCUGGACAGCACCAAACCUCUGUCACCAGGAGAGUUUGAUCCCGCCAUUGACGUCUAUGCCAUCAAAAGCAAUGAUAGUGCUCCCAGGAAGGAGGUUUAUUUCAUGGCUAUCAUAGACAUCCUGCAGCAUUAUGAUGCCAAAAAGAAAGCUGCCCACGCUGCCAAGACUGUCAAACAUGGGGCCGGAGCGGAGAUCUCCACGGUGAACCCAGAACAGUACUCCAAGAGGUUUUAUGAUUUCAUCACCACCAUCUUGUCAUAGCCUCUAGGAGCGACAGGGGGCACAGAGGCACAUGGAAAAGGGAGGGCAAUUGGGGAUUAGGGCAGAGAAGAAAAGUGAUGGAGAGAAAAACCAUCGAGAGGCUGAAUUAUUAAGGUGCUGUGAUGGUUUUGUAUCACUCUCCCUCAUCCAUUCCCCUCAUCCCUGCCUGUUUGUUUCUCGCUCUUUCAUUGGGGAGCCAUGCUCUGCAGCUAAGAAAAAACAUCAUUCGUUUACAUUUAACCUCUCCUCUGUUGAGUUUUGCUCAUGUGUUACUUUGGAUGAUAAGGCUGUUGAAAGCAAGUGUCCAAGUCAUUACAUUUUUAUAUAUAUAUAUAUAAUUUGUUUUGUCUGUAUGGUUGUCCAUAUGGGAAUAUGGCUUUUUUUAUUGCCUCUAACAUAACAUCCUUCACCCUGCAUUUUUUUUAUUUUUAUAUUUGUAUUUAUCUUUCCCUUAUUAUGUUCAGGGGGAGGUUUGGGGGGGGUAUCAAGUGGUAUAGUGUGAGCUCAAGGAGAAUGCACAGAUCAGAUUACGGCACUUGGUCCUUCUCGCAAAGAGAAGGCUUGAGUGGGAUGUGAAGAGGGAGUUUAUGUUGAGCCUUGCCUAAUGCAAUUGCUUCAUUUCAGGAGGUAGGAAGCAGUCUUCCAGUAGGCCAACAGCCAGCCCCAACCCAAAUGCUAUACAAGUACUCAGCUAAAUUAAUCUUCCUGUUUUGGUUCCUCCUUCAUCAUCCACUCUUUAGACGCCUCCCCUUCCUCUCCCGUUCCUUCAUGUACAAUUGAUGAAUUGAGCCUCUGGGUUAUCUUCUUGCCACACACUCAAACCUACACCUCUCAUUAGCUGAGAUGAAUUCACUUGUUGCAGUAAAGUAUAAUGCUUGUUUCCAGCACUAGUUGUACCUCAGUGUCCAACAGUGCUUUGUCCCUUUAGCUUUGUUGUGACGUACAGUGAUUAAGGACGACUGAGGGAAGGAUAUCUACCUUAAAAUGAGAAGAAAAAGGAUUUGAACAAACAGCUUGUCUUUAGUGUCAUUUACUUGCAUUCACUCUGAAUAUGCUGGGCAUUGUAAGUUAGUCAUGGUUUCUGUUCCUGCGUCAGGGAAUGACCCAGAAAUUUUGUGUGGCUAUAGCGAUUAAGAGUAAGUCACUCCUUGUCAUGUGUUCGUAUAGGGUGUCAGAAUGAAACAUCAACAUCCCUUAACUUUCUGUUGCGAUCAGCACCUUUAUGAUUGAAAUCAAAAAAAGUGUUGCACUUUUAUUUUUUGUUAGAGGUUGGGAGAUAUUGUUCUGCUACAUACGCUGCAACAAAAAGGAAUAGGAACUCAGCUCCCUUUUGUAUUGAAUCUUAGAAGCCUGAUCUCAAAUCCUGUCUCCUCCGUCAAUUCUCACCCGUGGGUAGUACAUACAGGGAUUGUUUUGGAAGAAUUUACCGCAAUGUUAGAGAGGGAGAGUGAAAAGUUCUGGUUUUUGUAAACUAACCAUCCAAUCCACUUAGAAGUGCUCUGUGGUGUUGUCAUGGUGGGUUUUGGGACCAGGCAAUAGUGUGACUGUGUUUCUGCGUUCAAAGCAAACAGAAGACGGUUUACCUCCAGAAGCAUACCAGCACACACCCAGUGAUGGCGAACGGUGUGUGUGUGUCAGUGUUCAAAAUUUGUGUUGGGGGAAAAAGAACAAGGAGGAGAGAGGUUGGGAAGAGUAGCUACAGAUGUGAAGAUACAUGUUGUUAAGUCAUUUACACCAACAGCAUCAUUUUCUUCUUCAACCUCAGCUGUGAGUCUCAUUGUUGUUUGUGUUAUCAUUUGUAAAGGUGGUUUAUCUGUGUUUGAAUUUGGCAGUUUUAUGAAUUGAUGUGGUAAUAAUUUUUGUUUCUGUUUUUAGGUUUUCUGUAUAUUUUGCACAAGAGGAAAGGAACCAAAUGUUACAAAUAUGAUCCCAAUUAGAUGAUAUGGUCUUAACAAGGGAAAUGCAAUAUACUUGUAUGUAAGCAAGAAAAGUUUUUGUGCGUCUGACUUUGUGUAUCACCUCUGGAUAACCAACUAAAACAAGUAAAGUCGUCCUCCUUGACUAUCCUUACCCAUGCAGAAAGCUUCCAUCACAAUAUGUUUGUUUAGAUAUCAUAGAUUAUAUUCACAUUUAUAUUUUUACAUUGGAUUUUAGUCAUGAAAUAUAGUGUAUUUAAAAAGGAGCCACCCGUGGGAAUGAAUGAUGAUGCUGUGGUAAAUGAAGAAUGAUACUGCUUGAAUUUAUACAAUGUUUAGUAUAGAUGUAGCCAAAAAAAAAGUCAUAAAAAAAAUUGCAUGUCACAGGACUAAGUUUCCUUCACCCUCUAAUCUGUGUUGGUGGCUGUUCCGGUUCUCUUUGUGUCCCUCCACUUUAAUCACAUUUUUGAGCUGUUCAGCGUAAAAUAGUAUUUUCCGUGCUUUAAUAACUGUUUUUCAUUGUAUACACUGUGCAAGAUGUGUGCCUUUAUACUCCAGAAUUAUUUAAUUUUAUAUUUUGUAAUCUUUUUUUUAAAACAAAGGUAAAAGGUUAUUUUAAUAAUAGGGUGUUUACUUUGACAUGCAUUAUUUCCAACUUUAUUUUCAACCCCCUGCUCAACCUUCUCACACUCAAACACCCCUCUGUCUUUAGAAUUAUUCAUGUUAUUCAAUCAGCUAAACAAAACCAUUCAAAUGAUUGUGUUUUAACCAAAAAAAAGUGAAUAGCUGUCUUAAAUUUGAAGAUAGUGGAUCGGUUUCAAUUCUGUACAUUCAGAUCCACCAUGCACCGAUUGUUCAGUGUGUAAAGGCAUCCUUUUCCGUCUCUUCAGACCGGAGGUGAUGUCUGCUGAUAUUAAUCCCUUCUUCAUCACGCUGGUCCUGCCUUUUAUAAAGAACGUUUGUGUGUGGAAGUGCACUGUGGAGUAUGUGUGUCGUGAUCGUGUUUUGUCACGCUCGUCAUCGCUAACUGACGGCUUCCCCCCACCUCAGGAGUCUGUCAGCAUCUUCAUCCCAUUUACCCACUGACCACAGGUGUAGUCACAUUUCAGGAAUGUGAUAUUCUUAAGUGUUUGUCCAAAAUUUCACUUACCUUUGAUGCACAACUCCUAUUCAUUUCUGGAACUGGUUCAUGUUCUCUUGCUUUCUUACCUCCAUCUUUUUGUGUAAAUGAGAUCACCCGCUUGUUUUUGCGAGAUUAUCAGCUGUAGUUCAUCCCGAGUCAGUGGUUAGUCGAUAUUUCUGUGUUCUUUCACUAUAAAUGGGUUGUUUUGUUUCCAUUUUCAUGUAGCUCAUAAUAUACAUAGGUUGUGUCAUAAGGAAAACAGGGAAUGAGGGAACACAGUCUUUUACUCUGCUUUGCUCUGUUUGGUCCUUGAGGUAUCUUUAAUCAAACAUUAGCAAAUGUGGAAAACAGAGCAAUGCAUGCUGGGAGAUUUUUUAAAUUUUUUAUUUAUUUAUUUUUUUCUCCCCCUUUUGUUUUUGGAAUAAUAAUUCUGAAUCUCAUGUAAAGAAGGCAAAGCCAGACAUUAACAGAUGCAAAUUAAAGAAGAUAUUAAUUUCAAGGUACAGCAUCAGUAUUACUAAGUCCUUGCUUUCAUGACUUCUCUCUCGUUCACCCACUAAUCCUACCCACCUGUUAACCUGCUGCCAGUGUUAACUUGCCAAAAGCAUCUUUCAGAAGUCAGAACUACUCCACAUGAGCGGGAAGAACAAUGUGUAUCGUUUUAUGUGUCCUUUUGAACUGACUUUGUUUUUUCUUUAUUUGUUUUCUUACUGAGUGAUGGAGUGUGUCACUCAUAUGUGAACAUUUCCAAAGUUGUGGGAAACAGCCCUGUGUUCAUGUGGUUUAUCAAGGGGUAAGGGGAAAUUAGAUUACAAAUGCAAAUGACUGGAGGCCAGGCAAGAUCUGCAGAGUUGGGGAAAUUUUCUUUGGCUUUAACACUGAAAAUCAACAAAUCUUUGUGGGCAGAAAUAUUUUUUGAAGGUGUUCAAAAAUAGUUGAACCUAUUGAAUUUGCAUGCAGAAGUCAAGUCAACUCAUACUAGGAUGGGAAAUCUCUUCCCUGCAGAAUGUGCUUUGGCCUCACAACAGCCCCCAGUACUUUUGGACCUCAUCUUAAAGACUUAAGCAUUGGUUAAAGCAUUAAUGUGUGCGUAUGUGUGAGUGUGUUUUGUUUAUUGCUGUCUGACAGUGGUUGGUGAGAGUUCCCUUUCAGUGGUAGAAAGGCCAAAAUGAUGAUGUAUGUUUAUUGUUCUUCACAUUUAAUGAUGAUGAUGAUAAUAGUACACUCCAUUCCAUAAGCGUUCCCUCAAACCAAUUA